GCCUUCUCUUUCCUCUGAAACAUAAAGGUCGAAAACAGUGAGAGAGAGAGAGAAACCCUAAAGGAACUCAGAAACUUCACAGAAAACUUCUCUCUCGUUGUUGAAUAAUGGUGGUCCCUCUUACCGUUGCUCCUCCAUCUAGAGAAGGGUUUUACGCGGUUAACAACCCGUUUCUCGUAAGCGGACCAAAAGGGUUCACAGAGUUCAAGAUGCUUGAGAACGAGGACAUGUUCAUUCGGAUUGACUUCCCCGGUGUUCCACAAGACGCCAUUAAGGUUAGGAUUGACCCGACGAAGAAAGCUGUGUCUAUCACCGCCGACGCACCAAAAGAGCACAAACAUGACUCUGCUCCUCGGAACUACGGCUCAGCUACAGGUCUCGUCUGUAAAUGCUGCGAGAUCUCCGGCUUGGUCUCACACAUGUCGGACGGUGUUCUCAGGCUUCACCUCUCCAAGACCCGCGCCUCAACACAAAGCCCUUCAUGCAUCUCGUUUCUUGGUGGACCAGACCGAGAAGAUCGUUGUAGCACGGGUCCUCACACGUUUCCUCACGGCACGGAUCCACAUGACCCGGAGUUAACCGGUCCCUUACUGGAGCCACACCCAUGCGUGAACAUAGGUUCGGAUAUGGCCUAUGAGUGGAAGAUCCUCCCAAACGGCGGUCUAUACGUGCGUGUAGAUAUGCCGGGUGUUCCCAAGGAUAGGUUCACCGUCUCCGUCGUGAAUGGGAGAGUGAUGGUGACUGGUGACGCUCCUGCUGUUAGCCUUGACUCUGGUGGCCGGUUCUACUCCGGUGAGGUGGCUAUGCUCGAAAGUCAGGUCAGUAUUCCUGGCCGUAAGAUCAAGACCAUUGCCAAGAACGGUGUGAUCCGUUUGAUCAUCCCUCCCCUCUGAUUUUAGUGAUGAAAGUCAUGAAACCAUGCAUGCUUCUGAGUUCUGAUUCGUAGUUUAGUCUUGUGGACUUCUUCUUUGAAGGUUAUGUCGUUAUUUCGAGGGAACUUUAUGUCGUUUUAUGGUUUUAAUCAACUCUUGGAUAUGUUCCUUGGCUAAAAACAUACACUAUCUAUUUUUUGAAAACUUUUAGUCUUACAGCUUUUUUUUUUU